AUGUUAAGUGAGAGGUUGUGCCAUAAAAAAGUUCUUGUGGUUCUAGACAAUGUAGAUCAUAUAAGUCAGCUUGAAGCGUUAGCUAGGGCUACUAAUUGGUUUAAGCUGGGAAGUCGAAUUAUUAUUACAACAAGAGAUGAGCAGUUGUUGAAGGCACAUGGAGUAGAUCUGAUUCAUAAUGUCAAUCUAUUAACUAAUGCAGAAGACAUUACUCUUUUCAAUAGAUAUGCAUUUGGGACAGUUCUUCUAUUUAAAGGGUAUGAAAAUCUAUCACUUGAAGUUAAAGAUGAGCUUGAAUGGAGGGAUGCACUUAAAAGACUCAAAAGAAUUCCACUUAAGGAAACCUUGGAAAAAUUGGAGUUAAGCUAUAUCGCACUAGAGGAUGACUACAAGGAAAUAUUCCUUGAUGUUGCAUGUGGACUAAAAGAUAUGUUCAAGGAGGAUGCAAUUAGAAUAUUUGAAAGCUGUGGAUUUCAUGCUAGAAUUGGUUUAAGAGUUCUUGAGGAAAAAUCUCUCAUAACUAGUUCAAGUAUGUUCUUGCACAUGCAUGAUCAUCUACAAGAAAUGGGAAGGAAUAUUGUUCGUCGAUUGCACCCUGAUUAUCCAAGAAGACAUAGCCGAUUGUUUAUUCAUGAGGGAAUUGAAGAUGUAUUGGCUAACAACUUGGGCACUGAAGCAACAAAAUCUAUAAUAAUUUCAGAGGAGCUCCGUCCUGAAAUUAUUAUGAGAGGUCUAGGAAAAAUGAAGGAACUUAGUGACAUGUGUUAUGGUUCUGAAUAUUGUUGGAUUACUGUUGAUUGGAAAUUCAAUCAAGUUAGCCAAUACUUUCCAAAAGCUUUAAGAUAUCUUUGUUGGAGAGCUUACCCUUAUAAUUAUUUACCAAAAACGUUUCAAGCCAAUAAUCUUGUUGUGCUUGACAUGAGUUUAAGUGGAAUCGUAGAACUUUGGAAAGGAGAACAAAAGGUUCUCAACAAGCUUAGAAUCCUUGACCUAGGUUUUACAAAGUUGAGGACCCUUGACCUUGGGAUGGCUCCGAAUCUUGAGAGAUCUCUCUCAUUUAUCAAGCUGUUGGAAUCAGUUGAGGUUCUUGAUCUAAAUGAUUUAUCUUUGUGGGAGUUCCCAGAUCUAAUUGUGGACUUACGAGAGCUUAAGUUUUCAAAGAACAAUAUUGAAGAACUACCCUCAUCAAUUGGAUCCCUAGAUCUCAGUUCUUGCAGAGAUCUGAAGAGUCUUCCAGUAAGCCUUUGUAGUUUACAACAUUUAAGGCAUCUUAACCUCAAGGAGUGUGCCAUAGAGGAACUUCCUGAGGAGCUUGGAAAUGCAACCAACUAUUCCAAUGUCUGA